AAGAAGUAGGGCUUCUUGUUACACUGCUUAACUUCUGAUACUGUAAGAGCUCACAGAGCAGUUGACAUCCACGGGAAUAAGAGGAAGACUCCAUAAGAUUUCUGUCACCCCAGCUGGAGAAACUGUAGAGGACUUUGGACAUAAACUGAAGACAUUUCAACAGUUUCGUGAACGUUAACAGGAGAUCAGGACUGAUGGAUGUAUUUUGCACUCUGUUGCUCUUCUUAUAUCUCUUACCUGCGGUUCAAGUGAGCUGUGAGCGUCACUCUUUCAGUGUCUCUGUGCCCCAUCGGGUCUACGAGUGUCCCGAAGGGGCUGAUGUCACUAUGUCGUGUCUUCAGUCUGGAGCCAAGGCUCAUUCUGAGGACAAGAUGUGGAACACCUGGCUCUUCACACCUCGCUCGCAGGAGCACUGCCACAAGGGCGCACAUCCCCGUGGGUCCGGUCACUCCAACCGCACACUGGGAGUGGAAUACAUAGGCAAAGGCAACAAGUCUUUCUCCAUCUUCUUGCAGAACAUCAAGCACAGUGACCAGGGCAAAUACUGCUGUCUGCUUCUGGAAUUUAACAAGCAAAAGGUGGAGCAGGGGGCCCGUGACUUCAUCUACCUGAAUGUGGUGCCAUCGAUGGGACAUGCUCACAACGGCAGUCUGAAGUGUUCGGAGUGGUCUCACAGUCCUUCAGAUGAUGACUCGGUGGCUGAAGGUCUGGCUAUUGCAGCCUGUGUCGCUUUCAUUCUGUGCCUCCCGCUCAUACUGAUGCUGGUUUACAGACAGAGACAAACAGUAGAGCGACACAGACGUGCACACGAGCUGGUGCGUAUGGACAGUGAAGCACAGGCCCAUGAGAACCCAGUGUUUAUGGGUGAUUCUCCACAGCCUAAACCCAGGACUGUCUCCCAAAUAAUGAGGCAGUCAUCUGAAACAGGACGCCACCUCCUGUCGGAUCCCGGAACUCCAUUCUCUCCAAACAUACAAGGAGAAAUGUUCUUCCCUGCACAGGGACCCAUCCCUGAGUCUCCCAACUUAAUGGACUGAAACGUGUCACGCUCACCCCAGGGACAUCGAGUGCUUCUUCCAUCUCCUCCACAUCAUCAUGCCUAUGUUCUUCCUGUCUUCUGCAAAGAUGAUGAGGAGAGACCCACCCCAAAAAAUGAGAACUGAACUCUCUGCUAUUACGGUGGGACCCCUUAUCUGCUGACUGUCCUUAAAUGGGUUUCCCAAGAAGGAAAAUCGCACUAUUUCACAAGUUAGGGCACUAGGGAGAGCACGAUUUCAUGAAGAGGAUCCACAAUGAUUUUCUUCUGUGGCAUUUGAGUUGAAAAAUUGAUUUCAGCUAAACUGUUUGCACACAUUUCUGUUCACCACGCGCUUCGUGUGUCAGUUACACUGUGGUUGCACUUAAAAGACUGUUUUAUUCUCUUUCUUUCUUCUAUAAUCUGUCUAUCCCCAUCCUCGCCUCCUUUCCCAAUGAAACAAUCAGUUCAUCUGUUCACUUCUAGAGGUCAGGAUGUAUUAAUACCUCAUUCUUCACUCCUGUUUUACCCAUCUCGAUACUGAGUUUCUGAAUAGAUAUUUCCUCCAUACUCUGUAUGUCAGUGCCAAAGUACUCAGUUAUCACUUUAUCACUGAAAUGGCGCCAGUGCUGGUCCCAGAUGAGGUGCUUGGCUGGAAAAUCUGCAGAUCUCAGAACCACUUGAGAGCCGAAUGAAGACGCAAAUGACUAUAUUUGUUUUAAAAUGUUAAAUAAUUAAUAAUACGGUGUCUUUAUGAAACGUGCCCAGACUGAGACCAGCACCGGCAGGUUUCGGUGGAAAAGGGAUGUUCUCAGUACACUCACCGUCAGACCUGCUGAGAAACAAUGGGCUAUUUAAAACCCUCUUGCGGGGAGUGUGGUGCUUUUAUGAUGUAUGUAGCUUUAUGAUGCAUUCUGUCAGAAUGAGUGCAGAUUUUUUUUGUGGUAAAUGUUACAUCGGUGACAAUCAAACACAAUGCCACUCUCUUCUCCAAUGUCACUUGUGGCUUUAAGGGGCCUGAGGGCUCAUAAAAAAAGUUUUUCUAUCUAUUUUGUAUUGAAUUUUUAUCUCGUGUGUGUGUAUGUGAGUGUUUACAUUAUUUUCCAUCGAGAGAAAAAAAAAAAAAAAAGAAGCAAAGAGCUGGUAAACGUUUUCAGGAAGCUUAAGAAUUUAAAUCCACUGCCAUAAAGAGUGCCAAAACUUUGCUUUGUGUGUGUAUGAAUGGAUGGUUUGUAGAUCAAUGAUUGCUAAUAUGGUAAAUAUGCUGAUAAAUAUGCCAUUAAACCAGUUUGUACAUUUGAAGUUGCACAUGUGCCUUUACAAAGUUAAUACCGUAUAUGUAGCUCCAGUGGCAAUGCUGUGACACAACUGCUGAUACAAUCGAAAACCAAUUGCUUAUAUCUUGUUUUAUAAAAAUACAAACAAAUAAAAAGUUCUGGUGAGA